AUGUCAAAGAAAUGUGAUGAUAGUGAUUUUGAAGGAUUAUUUUAUUAUUUUUUUUUAAUCUUCUGUUUUCAGGGACGUCCAAAGGGUGUAACACCCAAAUACAGUUUGAAACCUCUUGUGCCAAGAUUGUCUGAGCUUCUUGGAGUUGAGGUUAAAAUUGCUGACAAUUGUAUUGGUGAGGAAGUUGAGAAGUUGGUUGCACAAAUUCCAGAAGGCGGUGUUUUGCUUCUAGAGAAUGUGAGGUUACACAAGGAAGAAGAGAAGAAUGAUCCUGAAUUUGCAAAGAAGUUGGCUUCCCUUGCUGAUCUCUACGUGAAUGAUGCAUUUGGAGCUACCCAUCAUGCUCAUGCUUCGACCGAAGGUGUCACUAAAUACUUGAAGCCCUCUGUUGCAGGAUUUCUUAUGUAG